AUGGUUGUCGGCCCUCGUCUCGUCGGCCUUGUCGGCCUGGCGCUUGCCGGAAUCAGCUCGGCUGUGCAAACGCUCGAUGUUCGCGCGACGGAAAAGCCCCUGAGCGAGUGUCCCGGAUACAAGGCGUCGCACGUCAAGACCAGCGCCACGGGUCUCACUGCCGAUCUGGAGCUGGCGGGCAAGCCGUGUAACACGUAUGGAACUGACUUGGAGAAGUUGAGGCUGGAGGUGACGUACGAGAAUGAAAACCGCCUUCACGUCAAGAUCCAGGAUCAAGAUGAUGUUGUUUACCAGGUCCCCGAGUCCGUCUUUCCGCGCCCCCAGGGCGACGGUGUGCACCCUAAGCAAUCCGCUCUUUCCUUCAAGUACACCAAGAACCCUUUCUCCUUCUCCGUUUCCCGCACCAAAACCGGUGAAGUCCUUUUCGACAGCUCCGCGGCCCAGCUCGUCUUCCAGUCCCAAUACGUGCGCCUGCGUACCAAGCUUCCCACAAACCCCAACCUCUACGGCCUCGGCGAGCACUCCGACCCCUUCCGCCUCAACACGACCGAUUAUGUCCGCACCAUGUGGAGCCAGGACGCCUUCGGCACACCCGAGGGAAGCAACCUGUAUGGCAACCACCCCGUCUACUUUGAGCACAGGACCACGGCCGGUGGUGGGACACACGGCGUGUUCUUGCUCAACUCGAAUGGCAUGGACAUCAAGAUCGACAAGGACGGGAAAGGCAAGAAGAAGCAGCAGUACUUGGAGUACAACACGCUUGGCGGUGUGUUGGAUCUGUACUUUGUCGCUGGCCCGGGCCCUGUGGACGUGGCGCGUCAGUAUGCGGAGAUCGUCGGCACGCCGGCGAUGGUGCCGUACUGGGGUUUUGGGUUUCACAACUGCCGAUAUGGGUACCGCGAUGUGUUUGAGGUGGCCGAAGUGGUGGCCAACUACAGCGCAGCUAAGAUUCCGCUCGAGACGAUGUGGACGGAUAUCGAUUACAUGGAUAGGCGGAGGGUUUUCACCAAUGACCCCGAUCGAUUCCCUAUUUCCCUGAUGCGGUCCAUGAUCGACACCCUCCACGCUAAUAAGCAGCAAUAUAUCGUCAUGGUCGACCCUGCUGUCUCCUACUCGGAAAACAUUGGGUACGAGCAUGGAGUUGAGCAAGACGUUUUCCUCAAGCGUGACAACGGCUCGGAGUGGCUGGGCGUCGUCUGGCCCGGAGUGACUGUCUUCCCGGAUUGGUUCGCAGCCAACAUCUCCCAGUACUGGAACGGCGAGUUCGCCCGCUUUUUUGACAAGGACACGGGCGUUGACAUCGAUGGAAGCUGGAUUGACAUGAAUGAGCCCUCUGCCUUCCCUUGCUUUUUCCCUUGCGAUGACCCCUUUACCACAGCGAUCGGGUACCCCCCUGAGCCGCCUGCUGUGCGAUCCCACUCUCCGCGUCCCAUUCCUGGGUUUCCGUGCGAGUUCCAGCCUGAGGGCACGGACUGCAAGCGCAGUGAGAACACGCUGGGUGCUGGCGCUUCGGAAGCUCGUGAUGUUGCUCCCAAGGCGCCUGCUAGCGCUGUGCCUGCCACUCUGCGGAGAGACACUAGCAGCAAGUGGAAGGGACUUCCGGGUCGGGAUUUGCUCUUCCCCAAGUACUCCAUCCAUAACAAGGCCGCCUAUUUGGAUUCUUGGAACGCCGAACAUGGUGGUCUCUCCAACAAGACUGUCCAGACGGACAUCAUCCACGAGAAUGGAUUGGCCGAGUAUGAUGUCCACAAUAUUUACGGAUCGAUGAUGUCGAUCCAAACCCGCGAGGCCUGGUUGAACAGGCGGCCCGAACUUCGACCCUUUAUCAUCACUCGAUCUACCUUCGCCGGCGCCGGCGCGUCGGUCGGAAAGUGGCUGGGCGACAACCUGUCUGAUUGGGACCACUAUCUCCUCUCCAUUCGCGGCGUGAUGUCCUUCACUAGCAUUUACCAAAUCCCCAUGGUGGGAGCCGACGUCUGCGGCUUUGGCAGCUCUACUAACGAAAUCCUUUGCGCGCGUUGGGCCAUGCUCGGCGCUUUCGCACCGUUCUACCGCAACCACAACGAAUACCCACCUUCGAUCUCGCAGGAGUUCUACCGGUGGGAAAGCGUCGCCGAGUCGGCCCGCAAAGCCAUCGACAUCCGGUAUCGUUUGCUCGACUACAUCUACACCGAGAUGCAUCGGCAAACUCUGGACGGCACGCCCCUCGUCAGCCCUAUGUUCUACCUUUACCCGCACGACCCCAAGACCUUUGGCCUCGAACUUCAAUACUUUUAUGGGCCCGGUCUCCUCGUCGCGCCAGUCACAAAGGAAAACGGUACGAGCGUCGACGUCUACCUGCCCGAUGACAUUUUCUACGAUUGGUACACCCAUAAAACCGUCCGCGGCCGUGGCGCGACCAUCCACAUUGAGAACCAAGGGCUCAGCGACAUCCCGCUGUUCCUGCGUGGCGGUGUUAUUGUACCGGCGCGCGUCCGAUCAACCAUGACCACGGCGGAACUGCGCGAGCAGGACUUUGAGCUUCUCGUUCCUGUCGGCGCAGACGGGACGGCUACUGGCCAGCUGUACUUGGAUGAUGGUGUUAGUCUGGAGCAGGCUGGCACGUCGUUGAUUACGUUCAAGUACAAGAAAGGCGUGUUGACGGCUACAGGGAGCUUUGGGUACAUCACGAAUGUCAAGAUCACCAAGGUCACUAUUAUUGGGGCUGGCAGGAAGAGGGAUGUGGAUGGAGUGCAGACGGCCUCGGUCCUGGUCGACCAGUCUUUGACCGGGGAGUUCGAGAUCAAGGUUACUGAUGCCGAGUAG